AUGAUUUCGUUUGAUCAUCACUACGUAGACCACCCGGUUGAACCGGUACAAGUUUUGGAGAUUGGACAAGAUGCACCCUUCCUCGCAAGAGGCUCAUAUCAACAAUCAGACCUUCGCACUAUAGAAGAUACGACAUCUUUCCUGAGAAACAAUCAGAACAAGCCUUACAAAUGUCGCCUUGUGUCAAUAUGUCAACGUAAUUCCCGACGACCAUUGCAAAUCACAAAGUCUAUGCUUGACUUCCUCGUUGCUGGACACGAGAUAGGUCCAUCAUUUUGGGCAGUGCCAUCAUGCUUUUAUCAGCGCAGUGAUGACCUCGAAGGGGUAUUUUGCCUUCCAUUUACAGAGUCCUGCUCUGCUUCCAUCACUGAAAUCUCUUACACUAUAAGAUACCCCGAGUACAAGCCACAAGAUGACAAAUGGGUCAUUCGCCAGACUGGAAUUUACCACCGAUACGACAGAACUUCGUCCCAAAGUCUUUACGUGCUGUUCAAUCCCACGCCACAAUCCAAAGCGCAUUCGCAGGCUGAUAAUUUACUGCGCAAUUUCUGCCCCAAGGUUGAAUCCGAUCCUUUUUGGUUACACCAGGUCCUGUUCGACACAUACUUCCCUGCAUGGAGGAACUAUAUCGCCGUACACGAACAACGACUUCUACCCCUUGCAGGCAGUACAAUUGCCACUUUCAUUAAUGGGCCUUUGGCCGUAGGCUACGAUAGCCUUAGAACAUUGACUUCCUUGCAGACCCGGUUUCUCGAAGUGCCAGCCAUCUUGACAUCAGCCACAGAGAUUCUUGACGAGCUUUGUAAUGUUGUUAGCUCGAUGUCAGUGGCCCCAACAAAUCACGGUGGGGUUCACUAUUUCAAAAAUCACCGUCGAGAGUGCACUGCAAAUUCCCGUAAUGCCGCGCACUUGCAGCAGCGGGCAAAUAUUGUCUCAAAGUUACUGGCCGACACUUUGUUGCUUCGGGAUCAGGUCCUGGCAAAGGAGCAAAAUGCGAACAUGCUACGGCUGAACAAGUCAGCCGUAUUUAUCACCACUUUGUCGUUGGUAUAUCUUCCGUCGUCCUUCCUGGCUACUAUAUUUGGUAUGAAUUUCUUCGACAUGGAUCAAGCCAACAAUCGUAUUGUUGGUACACCUAUGAUAUGGAUUUUCUUUGUCUCAGCUGCUGCCCUUACAACGGUCACGUUCCUUCUAUACUAUUGGUUAUUGCGCCGUGAUGGUGCAGCGUUGCAAGGACUUACGCCGAGAAUACAAAGUAGGCCAACUUGGAGCAUCGAAGGGGUAAGAAGACGGUUCACAGGUAGCACCAAUUCCAGUACUGAGCUACAGGCAUAUUCGGCUUGA